AUGACCAAUAUGGGCUACAGUUACAAAAAGCUGCAAGGUCCCGACGAUGUUCAGCUACAAGACCUACCUCUGACAGAGACUGCCAAAGAAGAGCUUCCUUUACCCCAAAACUUCUUCCAUCGGCACCCAAAGACGACUUCUUGGGCGAUCAAGAUGUUAAUUGCUUUCCUUGUGCUGCUGUCGGCGCUCAGCUUGACGCGCGCAGCUGUCCUUGAGAAGAAGCAAGCUGCCUCGACGGCUAGCUCUAGCACUACUAGGGUGCCUCAAGUCUUUCAAACUACUCCCGAACUGUUCGCCGGUCCAACUGCGACAGGGCGUGCGCCCUUCCUGGCCCAGAGCAACCCCGCUCCCUUCGGAGUAGCCUCGUUCGUUGCUAACCACCCUCUUGAGACCGCGAUACCUAUCGUUGGCAACACUCAGAAUGCGAGUAUCUUCCAGCAAAUGGGGAACGUGAGCCCAUACUUCCCAAACCCCAGUGGGUUUGGUGUCAACGAAAUACCUCUUCCUGCUGGAGCCAAUAUCACCCAACUCCACAUGCUGCACCGCCAUGGGAGUCGCUAUCCGACAUCAAAUAGUGGCGUUCAGAAAUUCGGGGCAACACUGACAGCUUUGGCCGCGAACAAAACUGCAAACUUCACUGGACAACUUGCUUUCCUGAAUUCUUUCAGUUACGGCCUUGGAGUUGAGAUCUUGGUCCCCAUUGGACAACAAGAACUCUUCGACUCCGGUGUGCUCCACUACUAUGAUUACGGGCAUCUAUACAAUACUUCCACCAAAAUCAUCGCUCGGACCACCACGCAAGACCGUAUAGUGAAGAGUGCGGAGUAUUUUAUGGCAGGCUUCUUCGGUCUCAGUUGGACGAACAACGCCACAUUAGAGGUUAUCAUUGAAGGAAAUUUCAUCAAUCCUGACAAUGUCACCCUUGCGGGAUAUGAUAAUUGUAACAAUAGCAACACUGCUGUGAAUGAAGGAGGGGACAAUGCCACCGCCAUUUGGACAGCAAGUUAUCUCAAGAAUGCCACAGCACGUCUCAACGCUCUUUCUGGCAAAUUUUUCAAUUGGACCACUGCCGAUGCCUACGAUGCACAAACGCUCUGCCCGUACGAGACUGUAGCUUUUGGCUACUCUUCGUUUUGCGAUUUGUUCACCUACCAGGAAUGGCUCGACUUUGAAUACUCCAUUGAUCUAUCCUUUGCCGGAGGCGACUAUUUCCAAUCACCAACCGGUCGCGCAGUUGGCAUAGGAUAUGUCGAAGAGUUCCUGGCUAGAGUGAACAACCACACGUUGAAUACAGCCACAGCUCAAGCCAACAUCACUCUCGACAACAACACUGCCACAUUCCCGCUAAACCAGACCCUUUACUUCGACUUUUCGCAUGACACCAACCUCGCAGCUGUGCUGACCGCUUUCGGCUUCACCCAAUUCGCACAAUUCUUGCCGACCACCGGACCGCCAGCAAAUCAGCAGCUCAUCGUAUCCCAUCUUCAACCUUUUGGAGCACGCAUCGACAUAGAGAUAAUCAAGGCCCCACAACCCGUCGCCGCCAAUCGUACCACGGCAGCGAAUGCCUAUACAUCAGGACCACCUACCAACUAUGUACAUUUCCUGGUGAACCAGAGGACGCUCCCUCUCGGGCCAAGCUUCCCUUCGUGCGGUAACAGGACGGAUGGGUGGUGUGAGCUGUCAACCUUUUUGAACAUCCAGGCCGGAUCUCUGGCGGCCGCGCAGUACAAUUAUGCUUGCAACGGGAAUUAUCCUGCAGUGCCAUAUGGCUCGCUCACAAACGGGGUGCCCCAGGCUACUGCCACCUAA